GCUCACACGAUGCAGGGAAUAAAAGGUUCACUUCCCUUUACUGUUGUGGCAUUCUGAGCUGAGAGAAGGAGUGGCACAAGAACGUUCUACUAUCAAACAUGAAGCCGGCGACAAAUGGCCAAGACGGUUCACCCAACGGCGGCGGCGCCAGGGGAGCUUUCUCCUGUAGUCCCCGAGGCCGUGGAGGUAACCGUGGGCGCGGAGGGAGAGGGAGGGGCUUCAGGGGGCCUAGCCCGUCUCCGGACCCCGCUGGCCGCGGAGGAAGGGGAGGAGCUCGUGGGGGUCGCGGAAUGGACCGAGGACGAGGACGGGGAGGGUUUUAUAGCCCGCAGCAGGUGCCUCCACCUGCGAGCGGUCCGAUGGUCGCAAAUGAGGCAAAAUUCUCCAUGAACGAUGUCAUGCAGCUAAUGCAGGCUAUGCACAUGGGUGCUGCCCCGCAAAUGCCUCAAGCACAACCUGAGGCGGCUAUGGUACAUCCACAGGCCCCACCGCCGAGCGGAGGCGCCCGCUCUCGGCCACGGUCGCGCCAGAGGACCGCUCACAACGACAACCCUCCACCCGUCCCCGCGAAACUUCCCCAAGCCUGUACCUGGUACAAUAACCGCCAAAGGGGCUGUACCAAGGGAGACGCCUGCACCUUUCUCCACGUCUGCGGCCGCUACCUCGUCGGCGGCUGUAUCUUCGACAAGGGCCAGUGCGAGUUUUCCCACAACAUUCUGACACAACAGAACAAGGGCAUCCUGCAGAAGUUCGGAAUCCCCUGCAACUCCGAGAAGGCCGUCAUCGACAUCUUCAAGAGAGAUUUCGUCAACAAGAGGAAGGCAGAACAAGGAGACAAAGUCCCCGAGAAGUUAGACGAAAUCUGUAUAUUCAACAUCCGUCAAAGGUGUUCCUACAAGACCCUGUGUGAGAGGUGGCACUGCCGCAUGCCGUACCAGUGGCAGUACCGCGCCCCUGCAGCCGACAGGUGGCGCCAUUUUGGACAUGACCUUAACGUCAUGGUGGAGGAGGCCUACUGCAAGGUCACAGAGGACAGCUACUCACCUGUGCGACUGGACGGAAAAACCUGUGCGGUGAACUUCACCGACAUGAAGGCUGUGGCGACGGACGGCAGUACCGGUGACACUCGCCAGGAGUUCGAGGUGCGUCGGCUCUCCACGUCCUCCUCGGUGAAGUCUGCCCCGGGCCACCUGUUCGUGACGGAGUGGCUGUGGUACUGGCACGACGUGGACGGGACAUGGGUGGAGUACGGACAAAUGAACAAAAGCGGAGAGGUUCGCGGCACGAGCAGCCUGACCAGUCGGGACAUCGAGGACAGGUACCAGGACCAACGGGACGCUGACGUCACCUUCUCCACCAGCCAUCACCAGUACGUUCUGCGCCUGCGCGACAUGUGCCAGGAAAACACCAGGGUCGGGACCCGCCGUGACGUCAGACGUCGGCCCAAGUUUGUGUCUGAGGAGGAUGUGAAAAAUCCACCCAAACCAAAGCCUGCAAGUCGCGCAAAAUCCGCCAGAAGUGCCUCAGCGUGGGACGAAUCCGCCCCGGCUCACUGGUCGCCGAUGUCCGAUGACGACGAGUUCGUCAAAGUGGACGUGGUGGGAACCUCGGCGGAGUACAGGAACGUCAAGACGCUGUUUGAACAGGGCGGGAUGGCGGGAACAGCCAUCGCAGGUGUCAAACGUGUCCAGAACGCCUUCCUCUGGAGUGCUUAUAACAGGAAGAAAGCCCAGCUGAAGAAACAGAACGGCGGGAAGGAUGCAGAAGAGCGGCUCCUGUUCCACGGGACUCAGGAUGCCGUGGUGGACGCCAUCUGCCAGCAGAACUUCGACUGGCGUCUCAGCGGCUCGCGAGUCGGGCAGCUGUACGGCCAGGGCACCUACUUCUCCGCCAGCGCUCAGUAUUCGCACAGCUACGCCCAGCAGGCCUCAAACGGCCGUCGGUACAUGUUCGUGGUGAGGGUCCUGGUCGGGGCUUACACGCAAGGGGAUGCGGGCAUCCGACGCCCUCCCCCCGUCAACCCUGGCGAGCCGUACGGUAGGAUGUACGACUCCUGUGUUAACGACACGGCAAACCCCAACAUUUUUGUCAUCUUUGACAACGCCCAGUGCUAUCCAGAGCACAUCAUUGAGUACUAAGUCUAGUAAGCCGAAGGUUUGUCGAUAAUUAAGAAGGGAAACGCUAUUGGGCGUAAAAAAAACUCUAAAAGGAAAAACAUGAGUUGAGCCAUUGGCAUUGACCAAACCAAAUGAGAGAAAGAUGAACUUUGCACGUCGCUCCGAGGAAAAGUUUCAAAAGAAAUGAUAAAUGUUGCGUUGCGUGCAUAAUGUGAAUAUCCAUUAAAGCCUACCGUAAUGUAUCUGCAUUAAUCUUUGCCAAAAAAUAAAUAAAUCCCCGCAAUGACUGUUGGAUAUUUGUAUGAAAUGUUUUGUGUGUUUCAGCUAAAUGGGUAAGGGAUAUUGACAGGAAUAUAUAAUCACGCUAAUGUAUGAUUUGUAUAGUACGCGUAUACAGUGUUUAUACGUAUAUGCUACCUUUCCUUUAUACCUGCUGCCUUUUAGUGCAGAGGGAAUAUACUAGCUAGAUUACGACUUGCACGCUAAACCUCGAAAGUUCAUUUAUGAAUGUCUAGUACGCAAUCGAAAACAUUUCAGCUGAUUCCUC